AUGGUUUUUGACGUGGUGAUGGUGAUGGUGAUGGUGAUAGGGGCUGCGCUGGGGACGGUGGCGGCGACGCACCUGAGCAUAGUUAUUCACGUGGUGGUGGUGGUGGUGGUGGUGGCGGUGGUGAUAUGGGCGGCGCUUGGGACGGUGGCGGCGAAGCAUCUGAGCAUGGUUCUUGACGUGGUAGUCGUGGUGAUGGUAAUGUUGAUGAUGGUGAUGGUGGUGGUGGCGGUGGUGACAGGGGCUGCGCUGGGGACGGUGGCGGCGACGCACCUGAGCGCGUGGGCGGCCGCCGCGCUCUCGUGGCGCUGGAGCUUCCUGCUGGCGGCCGUGGCGUGCGUGCCCUGGAAGGAGCAAAGUUCCCGUGGCGGCCCGCCAUGUCGUCCUUGCGAUUUUGGGCCAUCCUCAUUGCGCAUUUCUGCCACAACUGCGGGUGAUUCGCUCGUGCCUAGCGCGUGCCUCUUGGGCAUCGCCUUCCUGGGUUGCGACACGCGGGCGAGCCUGUGCCUGGCGACCGUCGCUGUCACGUUCAUCGGCGCUUUGUCCUUCGGCGUCGUCGCCAACCCCAUGCACCUGGCCCCCAACUUCGGAGGACCGCUGAUUUCGAUUGUCAACUUUGUUGCUGCAAUCCCCGGCACAUUUCUCCCAUUUGUUGUGGGAAUUAUCAUAGAAGAUUCGGCUAAAUUGCUCAAUUGGAUUCCGCUUUUAUACGCUCUCUUUGGCCUGUACGUUUUAAUGUUCCUCGCGUUCGGCUUGGGAGGAACGUGUGAAGAACAGUGGUGGAAUAACCCUAAAGAUGACAAGACUUCAUAAGAAUGAAGAAAGAUAUUCCAUAACGGAAGAAAGACAGCUCAAGAGCAUUAAGAAAGAAAAGAGCUCGAACUAGGAAGAGUUAUGUUCAUUGGAACAAGUUUAGAAGAAGCAGAGAUCGAACAGUACAAAAUGACCAACGAAGAGUGUUAACUGUGGAUAAAUAUAAGGAAGAAAAAUGAAUAAAGCGAGAGCAAUAUAAUAUCGUAAAGGAAACUCAGGCAAAAAAGCUGAAAUAAAUUCAAUUAUUCAGAGAAACUGCAUGGUUAUGUAUUGUAUUCUAUACGUUUAUUGUGUUAUCU